UAUAUAUGUAAAAAAACCAAGUAUCCUCAUUCAUAACUUUGGUAUCAAAACUUCACACUACCAUGGCUUUUUAUCGCACAAACCUUCCAAUUCAGGAACUAUUUUCUCUUGUUUCAGUCAUCUUUCUCUUGUUACCAACAAAUCUAAACUCAGUACAAGCACUCUCCUUCAAUUUCCCCAAGCUCACCCCUGGAGAUUCUCGUAUCACCCUCCAAGGCGAUGCCGAGAUUUUAGCCAGUGGUGUCUUAGCACUCACCAAAAGCUCACCACUUCCUCCAGAUACAUUUAAUCCAACAACAGGUCGUGCCUUAUAUACAACCCCCGUGACUCUUUGGGACAAUGCUACCGGAGAUGUUGCCAGCUUCGUCACUUCCUUUUCUUUCGUCAUGGAGACCUCGGGAGGUCCUAUAACUGAUGGAUUGAUCUUUUUCAUUGCACCACCAGACACCGUGAUCCCCAUCAACUCAACCACACCAUUUCUGGGAGUAGUUGAUAGUCAAACUUCAAUCAAUCGAUUUGUGGGUGUAGAGUUUGAUCUUUUUCGCAAUUCUUGGGACCCCGAAGGGAGGCAUAUUGGAAUUGAUAUCAACUCUAUAAUUUCGACCAAGACAGUGCGACUUAGAUGGAGGUGGGUGAAUGGUUUAUUGACUAAAGUAAGUAUAAUCUAUGACUCUUCUUCUAACACGUUGAGUGCUCUUGUUACUUAUGAGAGUGGUAGAAUUUCCACCAUUGCUCAAGUCGUUGAUUUGAAAACUGUGCUCCCAAACAUCGUUCAGAUUGGUCUUUCUGCUGCUACGUUAACUAAUCAAUCAUACAACAUCCAUUCAUGGUCAUUCACAUCAAACUACAUAACAAGAACAAGCCGUGUCUCAGACAUAUGAAUAAUGUUGUUGCAAGCUAUGCUUACUAGCAGCUUGUAAUAAUAAACUACUAUUUCUCAAUAAAAACCCUGCUUACUUAGCAGCUUGUGUGAGAUCUAUGUGAUUUCUUUUUAAAUAAAGACUUUGCUUGAGCAAUGUUUCUAUUAAA